GGCUGGGACAUUCCUGGUUUGACGACCAGCUUCGCCGCUGCCAUGAUUUGCGGAGCAAUUCGACACUGACUUCAAAGAUGCGUGUGUGGAAGAGGCAGCGGUAGAGACGGAGACCGAGCACUGCAGAAAGUUACAAUAAGACAGAGACAGAGAGAGAGCACCAAGUCGGGACUUUUACUGAGAGAAACGGACUCCAGAGAAAACUCUCCACCACCGCCGUGACGCGAGUUUCGACCAGGGGGACUUGGCGCACCUUGGCCCCGACGCCUGCGCUGCUUUUACGGGUUUGAAAUCUCUCUCUCCCCUCUUCAACCUCUCCGACUGCUUUCAUGUUCCUCAAGCCGUCUCGCACUUUGAGCCCGUUUCUAAUGGAGGGCCCGGUACGGAUUUGCCAACAGAAGAAUGCGUUUUGCUGCUAAUUCACCGGACGUCUCGCAGCUUUUGCCCUCCUGCAACAGAGGUUUGCUGAACAGACGUGGACGUACUUACUGGACAACACGGCCUCUGGCAGGGGUCAAAGUGCACCAUGGACAGUGGCCUAAGGGUCCUCCUGUCCACUGUGCUGUGUCUCAGCCAGUCUUUGCUGAUCACCUGCUCAUCUCAAUAUCCAUCUUUCCACUCUGAGCCCGCCUCCUUGGUUCAGAGUCAAGGCUCUGUUGUCCAUCUGCAGUGCUCUGCAAGUCCUCCAUCAGCGGUGGUCUCCUGGCACUUCCGAGGCCUUCCCAUGGACCGGGACACUCUGCCUGGUGUGGAGCUUGGCAGUGGCUCCCUCACAAUCUCCUCCCUUAUGCCCAGUCAUGCUGGUGUCUAUCAGUGUGUGGCACGCUUAGACCACGGGCCCGCCAUCGCCAGCCGCUACGCGCGUGUGGCCAUAGCAGAAAUAUCAAAAUACGAAGAUGGCCGGCGGCGGUCAUUAUCAGUGCAGGAAGGGAGCACUGCUCUUAUAGAGUGUCCUCUACCACGUAGCAUUCCUCCAGCUAUUCCUAGACUGAGGAUACAUGGGGACUGGGUGGAAGCUUCAAAAGAUAACUAUUUAAUACUUCCAUCUGGCAACCUCCAGAUUAUCUCCGUUUCAGCCCAGCACCAGGGCAUGUAUAAAUGUGGUGCAGUGAACCCUGUUACCAAGGAGACCGUCAUACAGUCUCAUGGCACUAAGCUGUCCGUCAAAUAUUCAGACCCCUCCUCCUCAGUGCAGAUCGUUUAUCCCAAAACCCCAAAGACUGUUUCGAUUGAGAAGUCGCAGCCGCUGACCUUGGAGUGUGUUGUGUCUGGUAGUCCUGCACCUGCAGCUAAGUGGUUUAAGAAUGGCAAGGUCAUACCGGGGCCUUCUCACCAACGACAGCACAACAAUCUGGCCUUUGUUCAGGCAAUGAGAAGCGAUGAAGGGAGUUACACCUGCGCUGUUGAGACGGAGCAGGGGACUCUCGUCAGCGCUAACUAUACUGUGAAGGUUCUCGAGCCUGUUUCCAUCAUCGAGGGACCGGGGAACCAGCUCGCCUCUCUUGGCUCCUCUGCUCGUUUUAUCUGUGUAGCCCAGGGAAAUCCAUCUCCAAACAUCACCUGGCUGUUCAACGCAGAGCCCAUCACCCCUUCACAUCGCUUUCAGAUCUCUGGAUCCUCACUUGUUGUUUCAGAUGUGACACGACAGGAUGAGGGAGUUUAUCAGUGUCUGCUGGACAAUGGCUUUAGCUCAGCGCAGUCCUUUGGAAUGCUCACAACUCAAGGAGAUUCACAGUCGGGUUCCACUGUUGGUGCGCUGCCUGAAGCUUCACCGUCACUCCACCCGAUACAGAGCGACGAGGGCCACGAGCGCCUCCUCACAGAAGACGAAGGAGAUCCGAUUAACCUGCCGGCUGAUAGGAGCGGCGACCGUCCUACUCCAGAGGCACCCAUCAUCAUCAGCCCACCUCAGACUCACAAGCCUGAUGUGUAUGACCUGGAGUGGAAGGCAGGGCGCGAUGGAGGCAAUCCCAUCAACGCCUAUUUUGUUAAAUACCGUAAGGUUGAUGAAAUGGGAACGGUGGUGGGAAGCUGGCACACGGUCCGUGUGCCUGGCAGUGAGAAGACCCUGCGGCUGUCAGAGCUGGAGUCCUUAAGUCUCUAUGAGGUGCUGAUGGUGGCUCGAAAUUCAGCAGGCGAGGGUCAGCCGGCCAUGCUCACCUUCCGCACGGGCAAAGAGAAGAGCACCUCCCCCAACAAGAAUCCCUCCAAGCCUCCUGUCAUCUCCGUGCCACCCAAAGCUCCAGAGGACAAAACCCCCAACACGCACUUUGGAGUUGUCAUACAUGACAGAGUUCCAGAGGCUCCCGAUCGCCCGACCAUCUCCAUGGCGACUGAAAGUUCAGCAUACGUCACCUGGAUCCCGAGAGCCAAUGGCGGCUCUCCGAUCACAGCUUUCCGCGUGGAGUACAGACGGGGCCGCAGUGCCGAGUGGGUUGUGGCUGCAGAUAACAUCUCACCUCUGAAGCUGUCUGUGGAGGUUCGCAAUCUGGAGCCUGGAUCCACCUAUAAGUUUCGAGUGGUAGCCAUGAACAUGUACGGUGAGAGCCCCCACAGCAUUCCCUCAAAACCGUACCAAGUGCCGCAAACCAGCCCUCCUAAGACAGACCGUCCAGUGGUUGGGCCUCAUAUUUCAUCCACGGAUGCUAUCAGCGACACCCAGAUCAUGCUGCGCUGGACUUAUAGUCCCUCGACUAACAACAACACUCCGAUCCAAGGCUUCUACAUUUACUACCGGCCCACGGACAGUGACAAUGACAGCGACUACAAAAGGGACGUGGUUGAAGGUAUAAAAAACUGGCACAUGAUUGGACAUCUCCAACCUGAGACCUCCUACGAUAUCAAAAUGCAGUGCUUUAAUGACGGGGGAGAGAGUGAAUACAGUAACGUCAUGAUCUGCGAGACCAGAGCACGCCAGUCUCCAGGAUCACCCAGCCAGCACCCUAUUACCCCAUCUGACCCCCAUCCUGUGGAUACCCCAAGCCCUCCUGGAGGACUGCUCUACGUGAUUGUGGGCUCUGUUUUAACGGUGAUGGUGUUCAUCCUGGUGUCCUUUAUUAUCAUCUGUCUGUGGAGGAAUCGUCAGCAGAACAACAUGCACACCUCUCUUGCUGCAGAGUUUGAUGCUCCCGGCUACCUGUACCAGUCACCAGAGUUGAACGGCCACGUGCUCGACUACACCACACUGCCUGGCAACAGUCGCGUUAAUGGGGGUAUCCACGGUGGCUAUGGACACAGUGGCCAGAUGUUACCCCAAGGAUGCCAUCACCUCCACCACAAACUCCCGAAUGGCUUGGCACUGCUCAACGGCUCGGGGAAUCUGUACACACCUGGUCCCCCGCAUGGCCACAACGGCACCUUGCCGCACAGCACGCGGGACUGCGAGCACUCACACCCUCACCACCAUCAUAACGGUGGAGGCAUGUACACAGCUCUUCCCCAAACAGAGUCUUCUGAUUGUAUGAGCUGUCAGAACCUCUGCAACAACAACAGAUGUUACAACAAGACCAAUGGCACUUUCUCCAGUGGCACGCUCCCUCUAAUGCAUCGCGUGGCGCCGUGCCAACAGGACGGGCUGGAGAUGGUGCCUCUGGGCCAGGUUUCAUCACAGUGCCGCGGCCACAACAGCCACACGCAUUCUGUGGACCAGGAGGCCAACACAGGAUACCGAUCAGAUGAGCACAAAGAGUCCUCACCCUCACAGCAUUCCUGCUGUCUGAUCAGCAACAAUGAAAACUAUCUAGCAGACAACACUGCUGGGGAGGAGCCGGAGUGUGUGGACACGGAGGGGCCUGUGGUGCGCUGGGAGAGUCUUGGCCUGCCAGACUUGGACUGUGACGAAAAGCCUGGGUGGAUCUCCAGCAGCAGCCUGGCGGGAGAGCUUAUCCAGCCUGACCCGCAGGAGGCCUGAACAUAGCCCACACACAAGCACACUCUCCCACAGUUUGGAAGUUUAGAGAAAACAGACAGAGAGACUGAACGAGAGCUGUGGAAGUAUCAAGAGUGGAAAAAAGGAAGACCGGCAAGCGAUGGGAUAGUCAGAGACACUGCAUGUUAUGGUGAAGAGGACACUAAAGUGUUGAUUGGCCUGAGCUGACAUGAGCAAUGUGGGGGAAAAAGAGGGACUACAAGAGACUGAGAGCACAGUCAGACGGAGAGAAGCGAAAAGACACUAUAUCCCACUGGCGGGAAGAGUCUCAUAAAAGAUCAAAAACUCUUUAGAUGACUUAUUUAUUUUUUUGUAGUAGUAAAAUAUUAUUUCAUAUGAAUGUAUCUGUUUUAAAGAAAAAAGUUUGUCUUUUAUAUUAUUUAUGCCUUUUGAAUGAGAAAUACUUUUUAUUUUUUGUUGUGUUGUGUCCCUAUGUGUUCCACUCAAGUGUGGAGAUUAGCAGUUGUCUGUGUAAAGUUUUGUAAUAAUAUAAAAAAAAAAGAUGUGGGAGAGUCAACAACAACCUUUUUCAAUGUCUUUCCUGACCUCCUUCAUGUGCAGCACCCGAUGAAUGAUUGCCGUAGUGAAUUUCCCCGCCUCGAUCCAAACCCAUCGAUAUUUCUGGCAGGCCUUUGGUGUGGCUCUGUGAUGGGCUGUUCCACUGCAGUGACCCCUGAAUGGGGUGAACGCUCCCUGCACUGUUCAGAUUAAGGCUGAUGCGCUUUGCUUCACUGACUGUUUGAUAAGUCAUCACUUUACACAAAAUCCAGUUAACUUUGAGAGCUCUGUUGACCUGCUGACCGCAAUCUAUUAGAGAAAUUGAGUAGUUACAUUAAAACAGAAAUGUUAAGUGUGAGCAGCCUAGAUAACUUUGCAAUGCAUCAGUGCAAAUGCCUGGCCACAGGCAGAAUGUUUCUACGAACAGCAGGAAAUACUCUGUGCAAAGAAAUCUUAAGUCCUCUCAUCAGUGUGGCAUCGCUAGUUCUAAAAACAAAGGGUCAGCCACUUUACAAAGAAAACAGUUUUUAAUGUCUUAUUUUGCAGGGGGGGGAAUGGCCAUAACAAAAUCAGGGACAACACAGUGUUAUUAAGUCUGUAAAGUGAGUUAUUGUGUUAGUCUGCAGAAAUGUCUCAGAGACGAAAGAAUGAAAUGAAACUCACUGCAUGGCCAGGUAUCAUAAAGGGCUAAGUAGGAGAAUGUAGCCAGUUUUCUUUAAACCGAAACUCGCAAGACAUUACCUGACAGAGUUACCCGUGAGACGCAGUCAACAGCUGGUCCAUGUGACAUCAGAUUGUGCUGAUGUCUGAAUUUCUAGGUUAAAAGUUCGGUGUAGUUAUUUGCUAGAAGUAGCAAAGAUUCUAAUGCUUCUCAUGCUUGAAAGGGCAUUAUAAUAUUUUGUGUCACCAGUGAACUGAAGCUUUUAGUGGCUUUUGUCGAGUACCAGAAUCUACUGCUGCAGAAUUUUACAAUUUCUGUGAGGAAAAAACCAGAGUGAGAAAAACAUGGCAGACAGUGAGAAAAGCACCAAAUAGAGGAAACCAGCAAAUCAAUUGUGAAAAGUUGCCGUGUGAUGUUCCUGCUGUGCAGAUAACUCAUUCAUAAAACACUUGUACAAUAUUCUCCUCAAGUUUCAGCCUGUGUUGCCCAAAUCCAUUUUCUAAAGGCUUAAAACCUCUAUUGGUUUUAAAAUAAUCUUCAUGGUGUGUUGGCUGAUUGAAGUUGAUAGGGUUGCAGCAGGCGGAUGACGGGGCUGGCUGUGCUUCACUGAGGAUGACUGCGGUGCAGGCUUUCCAUGCUUGGUGCCUGUCUGCCUGUGAUUUUUGCCAGAGUUGGCUGCCAGUCCUCAGGCCCUGGCUCGCAUGGCA